AUGCCGGCAUUACGAAAGGUGCUAGUCGUAAUUGGUACCACAGGUGCCGGGAAAACCAAGCUGUCAGUCGACUUGGCCAAGGCUGUAAAUGGCGAAAUUGUCAACUCGGAUGCUAUGCAAAUGUACCGCGGGCUAGAUAUAGCCACAGCUAAGAUUACGGAACAGGAGAAACAGGGUAUACCUCACCACCUUUUUGACGUCGUGGACCCGACUUCAUGCUGCGAUGUGCUCGAGUUUAAGCGUUUAGCUUUACAUACAAUUAACAACAUCUUGGAUCGAGGCAAGGUACCUAUUAUAGUAGGUGGGACCAUGUACUAUACGCAGGCGAUCCUCUGGAAGUCGCAACUGCUAGACGAUGUGCCGGUUGUGUAUUCAUCAACCGAACAUCCCGAGCAUUUGGGGCCUCAGACACCUGAAGCUCUAUACAAUCGUUUAUUGGCGGUUGACCCAGUGAUGGCUUCCCGACUACACGUUAACAAUGUGCGUAAAAUACAACGCAGUCUUCAAGUGUUCGAACAAACGGGUGUGCCGCACAGCGAACUGCUUGCACAGCAGGAAAAGGAGCAACACAAUAUUGAGAAAUAUUUCGACGCUUGUGCCUUCUGGGUGCAAGCUAGCAAACCGGUGCUUGACGAACGUUUGUCAAAACGGGUGGAGACGAUGCUAAACGCUGGCUUAGUAGACGAGAUUCGAAGCCUGCGAGCACUUGUGAAGAACUCUCCGCCGCGGCAAACUAUGAGAAUUGAAGAAGAAUCGAUUUCAGUUGGCAUUCUGCAGGCUAUUGGAUACAAGGAAUUUCAGCCAUAUUUUGACGCGUUGGAGUCAAGCGAUGGUACAGAUGAUCUCACGAUACUGGAAACGCUGAAUGAGUGCGUUGUGCAGCUUAAGAUUGCAACACGUCAGUACGCUCGUCGCCAGCUCUCUUGGAUUCGAAAUAAGUUUGUGACUAGAAAUAUUCCAGUGUACCAAAUCGAUAGCACGGAUCUUGCGAAGUGGGAGGAAUUUGCGGCGCAACGUGCGUUUGCAAUUGCUCGAGUCUUUCUGAAAAAUGGUGAAAUGACGGUAUUUCGAAGUGUCCAGGAGCAACAUCCGGAAGUAGCCCAGGCAGCAUCACUGGAGGAUAAAUUUCAGAGGAAUACAUGCACGGUUUGUGUCGGUCGGGAAAUCAUGGGCAAGAAGCAAUGGGCAGAGCACUUGCGCUCAAAAGGGCACAAGUAUCAUUUAAAGCGUGUAGAGAUCAUAACAAAGCAAGCUGAGUCACCUUUGCUAAACAAUUGUCGGCAAGGAAAUUAUGAGACUGACGCACUCUCCGGUGGCCUAGAUUUCGCUCGAGCUGGGCAUUCAGCACCGAGAAUUAUUGCUGUAGCUUGCAGUUUGCCAGUCUUUUCGGCUGCAAGAGUGUCUUUCAAUUGUCGUAAAGCUUCGGUAUAG